AUGCCGGUGACCAGGUCUCAGAAGGAUGUUCCCUUGCGCCCUCCGUCCCGUCCUUUGGACGCGGCGGCUCCAUCGUCAGGGCCAGAAGGGGCCACGUCUGCGACAUCACCAGCUAAGGCACCUUCAUCAGAAGCAACUACUUCUUCCGGAACAACAGCAACGGAGUACACUACCACCACCGAAGCGACUAAGGAGACUGCGACCACGGCGGCAUCAGAGAAGAGCAAGGCCGCGAAGAAGGCGAACAAGAAGACCCCAGAAGAGGCCCUGGGGAAGGGGUUGCCGGGUUCCUCCGCAACUCUGAAACCAAUGGGGGUCGGUCGCCGAGCCAGGUCUACGAAGACGACGAGUUCCUCGGCCAGAAGAAAGGAGCUAGCAGCCAGGGAAGAACUGGCAAGCCUGGAGCUGGAGCAGGCUCAGGCGGCGGCAAGAUUAGCACGCAUCCGCUUGGAGCUGACGCAGUGCGAGGACGAGGACUCCAUGGAAGAAGAUGAAGACCUGGAAGAAGAAAGGACAGCCCACGUCAAGAACUGGAUCGAGACGUCGGUGCUACAUGAAACCACCAAGACAGCGGAUGUGGACCCAGGACAGCGACCAGCAGAAGAUCAGAAGGUGAAGCCAGAAGAAGAGGCUUCUGCAGGAGGUGCUUUCAACGGGAUCCAGGCGCUGACUGCUGCUCUCAAGGAAGCCUUCUCAAGCCGAGAAGGUGCGACGGGGCAGCCGAAGUAUAUCCACGAGUUACCGUACUUCGACGGCAACAGCAGCGAGUGGAUGGCCUUCAAGGUGGUCUACGAGGACACAGCUCACAUGUUCAGCAACGCAUCUGCAGAAGAGGUCAUGCAGGCGUUGAAGAGGAGGUUCGGGAGACCGGAUGCCUUGAUCCUGGCGGAGCUGGAGAAGGUGAAGACCCUGGCGCGGAUAUCGGAAAACCCCAGGGAAAUCUGCGUGUUCGCCAGUCAAGUAAACAACAGCGUGGCGGCCAUCAAGGGACUCAAGAAGCCGCAGUACCUGCACUCACCGGAGAUCGUGAAGUGUAUUGUUGAGAAGCUACCAACAGUACUCAAGUUCCGGUGGUACGACUACACUGCAGCCACGGAUGAUGGUGAGUUUUCGGACUUGAAUCUCAUCAGCAGGUUCCUGAACCAGGAGGCCGACAAGUGUGGAGCCUUCGCCGCGCUGGAAGAAAGAAACAGGAAGAUAGUCAAGCACGCCUCACACGUUACGCGGGACUCGCAGGAGCGGGAGCCCAGGCGAACCGAAAGGAAGUGUCCGAUGUGUGAGGGCGAACAUGCGCUGCUGGAAUGCCGCAAGUUCCAGAAGAGUUCGGUGCAAGACCGAUGGGCGGCCGUGAAGAGGAGCGGGGUAUGUUUCAAGUGCCUACAAGGAAGACAUCGGAAGGAGAUGUGUCGCAAGCCUCCGUGCAAGACCUGCAAGAGGUGGCACCAUCACCUGCUUCAUGCAGAAGCACAAGAAGAGGCCUCAAGUAGCAAGGACGCUACUGAGGCAGCAGCGGUCAUGGCGGCCGUGAACACGGUGAGCAGCACACGAGCCUACCUGAAGAUGGUGCCAGUAGAGGUCUACGGUACCAAGGGCUCCAAAGAGUUCCUGGCCCUCAUGGAUGAGGGGUCGACGGUGACGCUGCUGGAUCAGAAGGUCGCCGAAGAGGUUGGCGCUCAUGGCAGAAGGGAGGAGCUGACGAUCGAGACAGUUGGCGGCAGGCUCAUCCAGAAGAAGGACUCACAGCUGCUGGACCUGGCUGUGAAAGGCGUACACCAAGGGGCCAAGAAGAUCUUGAGAGGAGUCCGGACCAUGGAAGGACUCAAGCUGGCGCCACAGUUCCUAGAAAAGGGAAGAAUUGAGCGCUGCAAGCACCUGACGAAGCUCUCCGACGCCCUAUACUACGAGGGAGAGCGACCGCAACUACUCAUCGGGCAAGACAACUGGGAGCUGAUCGUAUCCCGGGAAGUAAGAAAAGGGAAGCCAGGUGAACCGGUUGCCUCCAGGACAGGACUCGGCUGGGUGUUGCACGGUACCGACAGUGGUGCAAUAAAAAGGGUGCAGUUUAUUAACACUUGCCUUACUGUCAGCUCACCAGAAGAAGAGAUGCACCAGGUCAUCAAGGAUCACUUCGCGAUCGAGGCGCUUGGUGUGCAGCCACGCAGACCCUCAACGGACGCCGAGGGACAGGCCAUCGCCAUCCUAGAGAAGACCUGCAGAAGAUUGGAAGACGGGCGCUUCGAGGCCGGUCUGCUGUGGAGGAACCCAGAAGAAAGGAUGCCAGACAGUUAUACUUCUGCAAAAAACCGUCUGGCCAACAUUGAAAAGAAGAUAGACAAGGACCCUCAGCUGAAGGAGGAAUACGGUCGGCAGAUGGAACAUCUUCUGGACAGCGGGUAUGCAGAAGAGGCUCCAGCGCAACCAGAAGACACCAAGAAGAAAUGGUACCUGCCACACUUCGCCGUCGUGCAUCCUUUGAAGAAGAAGAUUAGGAUCGUGUUCGACGCGGCAGCGAGGUCCGGAGGAAAGAGCCUCAACGAUGCCCUGCUGCCAGGGCCAGACCUGCUGCAGUCACUCUUCGGCGUACUGCUGAGGUUCCGGCAGGGACCCUUGGUGGUUGCAGCAGACAUUAAGGAAAUGUUUCUGCAGGUACGUAUAAGGCCAGAAGAUCGAGACAGCCUGCGUUUCCUGUGGCGAGGAGAUCGACGCGAUGUGUCGCCGAAGGAGUAUAGGAUGACAUCUGUUAUCUUCGGCGCGACUUCGUCUCCGAGCACAGCCAUCUACGUGAAGAACAGAAACGCAGCUGACUUCCAAGAAGAAUAUCCAGAAGCAGCAAGGGCGAUCGAGCUGAACCACUAUAUGGACGACUACCUGCACAGCUUCCACACAGAAGAGGACCUAAGAAGGGUGACAGCACAGGUAGAUUUCAUCCACAAGAAGGCGGGCUUCGAACUCAGGGGAUGGGCGUCCAACCAACCUGAGCUGCUGCACCGAGUCAGGACCGAGAUGACAGAGAAGGUCGAGGUCAACCUCGGGGAGAAGGAAGAGAAGACCCUAGGACUACGCUGGUUCACAGAGAAGGACUCCAUCGGAUUCAGGGCGAACCUUCGGAACACGCCGGAGGAGAUAGCGAGAGGUUUCAAGGUGCCAACGAAAAGGGAAGUUACCAGUGCGGUCAUGUCUACCUUCGACCCGCUGGGACUGGCAUCACCGGUCCUGAUUCAAGGUAAGAAGUUACUGCAGAACAUCUGGCGCAGUGGCAUCGGCUGGGACGAAGAGAUCGCAGACCAGGAUCACGAAACUUGGAAGGUCUACCUGGAGAAGAUGAAGCUCCUGCAGGGCCUUCAGAUCCCGAGAUGUCUGGCUCCACGUAGCACCGAGGGGGAGCUGCACACCUUCACGGAUGCGAGUGAAACGGCGUAUGCAGCUGCAGUCUACUGGCGAGCGCAAGAAAGUGACGGGACCUACCUCGUCAAUCUGGUGGCAGCGAAGGUGAGAGUCACACCGUUGAAACCUGUGUCAGUUCCCAGACUUGAGCUGCAAGCUGCCCUCCUCGGAAGCCGGCUGGCGCACGCUGUAGAAGAGGAAAUGGACCUGAAGGCGAGCAAGAAGACCUUCUGGACGGACUCCAGCAUCGUGCUCUCCUGGAUCAAGACGGACCCGAGGACCUUCAAGACGUUCGUGGCUCACCGACUAGCAGAAAUUGAAGACCUCACCAAGCCACAGGACUGGAGAUGGGUGCCUACGGCGCACAACCCUGCGGACGACGCGACGCGUGACGUGCCGGACAACUUCGACAACAAGCAUCGCUGGUACACCGGGCCUGACUUCCUGCGACAAGAAGAAGCUCAUUGGCCAGCAGCGAGGACCUUCAGGAAGGAGACCACGGGCGAAGAAAAGUCGACGGACGUCGUGACUACAGCGAGCGUCGUCAGCCGGACUCCAAAGCCAGAAAGAUUCUCGUCAUGGAAGAGACUUCAGCGGGCAACGGCGAGGGUGCUGCAAUUCAUUCAACUCUGCCGUCCCAUAGGCCGGGUCAACGCAUGCAAGACCGACCCGACAUGCCGGGUCAUCAAGAAGAAGGCGCCGGGAGUGGGAAGGCGACCGACGUCCUCGAAGGAAGAAAGAAGAUACAUACCCCUCAGUCCGGAGCUGCUGGAGCAGGCCGAGAAGUUGUUGCUGAGGGAGAGUCAAGAGAGAAGCUUCCACGAAGAAAUACGACACUUGCAGAAGGGGAAGCAACUCGAGGGCAACAGCAAGUUGAAACGACUCGACGUGGUAUUAGAUGAAGACCUGCUGCGAGUUAAAGGAAGAAUCGACGCGAUUCAGGGCGUCUCGAGGAAUUUCAUACGGCCCAUCGUGCUCGACAGUAAAGACCUGAUUGGAAGACUUAUCUUGGAAGACUACCACCGUCGCUUCAAUCAUGGGAACCACGCCACGGUGAUGAACGAGGUCCGUCAACGAUAUUGGGUGCUGGGGCUACGCUCAGCAUUGAAGACUGUCCAGCAUCAAUGUCAAUGGUGCAGAGCAAGAAGAGGGAAGCCUGGAGAGCUGCCGACGGGGAACCUGCCCGUCGAACGUCUGACGCACAGUUGUCCACCCUUUACAUGCACUGGCGUCGACUACUUCGGGCCGCUCUCCGUCACGGUGGCAAGACACCACGAGAAGAGAUGGGGCGCUCUGUUCACGUGCCUUACGACGCGAGCGGUGCACAUCGAGCUGGUUCCGUCACUGUCAACCGACAGUAUGAUGUUGGCUCUCCGGAGGUUCGCUGCAAGAAGAGGAAUGCCGAAGACUAUAUACUCGGACAACGGGACCAACUUCGUCGGCGCCAACCGUGAACUUCAGGAGGCGCUGCAGGGAAUGAACAAAGAAGACCUAACUUCUGAAGCCGAGAAGAUCGACAUACAAUGGAAGUUCAUCCCACCUGGCGCGCCAAACAUGGGCGGCGCUUGGGAACGUCUGGUGCGCUCCAUAAAAACCGCACUGGACGCCACUCUACACGAAAGACAUCCACGAGAGGAGGUCCUUCUCACCCUCCUGCUGGAAGCUGAACACACGGUGAAUUCACGACCGCUGACUCACCUCUCCGAGAAUCCCGAGGAGGAAGCGCUCACUCCAAACCACUUCCUCCUUGGACGCUCCUGCGGCACUGCGAGACUCGGCCACUUCGGCGACAACGAGCUGGUGGGACGACACACCUGGAAGGCGACGCAGCGGCUUGCCGAUCACUUUUGGCAACGCUGGCUGCGCGAGUACCUGCCGACCCUGCUGCCAAGGAAGACUCGAGGUGGAACCUCGCCCACCGACCUGAGGGUCGGCGACAUCGUGCUGAUCGUCGACCACACCCUACCAAGGGACACCUGGCCCCGUGGAAGAAUCGUGCAAGUGUAUCCAGGCCCAGAUGGAAGAACCAGGAUCGUCGACGUCGGGACCAGAGGCGGCGUGCUGCGGAGACCCAGUUCGCGAGUGGUGCUGCUGGUGCCGGGAGAAUCGCCGAGCCAGGAGGAUGGUGCGACGCACGAGGGGGAGAAUGUCGGCGACUAA